CUCAAAGAGACAGCAGUUCAUACCACCUCACACAAACAAUGCAUUUUUCCUUUCUCGCCGUCAUCGUUGCUUUUGCGGCAUCUAUUAUGUCCGUCAGUGCAUGUUCUGGACUGAACGGAAGUUGCAAAACAGUCAAUGACUGCUGUCCAAACCAGUCGUUGUACUGCAAUAACAACAGUUGCCGCAAGACACUCCCACCGGUGAGUCAAGUGUCUACUAUCACAUUGGUGCCGUCGUUGAUCGAGCGACGCGUAGGCCGGUGCUGAGUGAGAAAUGGUUAGAGUCAAUAUCGAGUUGAAGAAGAUAUGUCGGAUGAAUGAAGCGUU